AUGGACUACAUAUACUUUCUGGCAGGCUUCGGCAUCCUCGCGGGCAUCUACGCCGUAUUCACGCUCGGUCUGAAUAUCCACUGGGGAUACACAGGCCUGUUCAACAUCGGCAUCGCCGGCUUCUUCGCGCUCGGCGCAUACACCUCCGCUCUUCUCACGACCGCGCCGCCAUCCCCUGAACUGUUCGAGGACUUCAUCUUCGGCGGCAACCUUGCGAACGCGCUGAAAUUGGGCAUCGACCUUGUUGGCGCGAUAACGCUGCGCCUGCGCGGCGACUACCUCGCCAUAUCCACGCUUGGCAUCGCCGAGAGCGUCCGUCUUAUGUUCCUCAACGAGAAGUGGCUCGCCAACGGCUCACGCGGGCUGUACAACAUCCCCAAGUUCCUCGGCGAUUGGGUCUCGCCCGACCAGUACGACCUGCUGUACUUCAUCGUCGUGAUAGUCGUGCUCGCCGCGCUCUACUUCGCCGUUCAGCGCGCAAUUGACUCGCCCUGGGGUCGCGUGCUGCGCGCCAUCCGCGAGGACGAAGAGGCGACCGCGGCGGCGGGCAAGAACGUCUUCCGAUUCAACGGCAACAACCUUGGCGCGAUACUCGGCGCGUUCGUCGUCUGGGGCAUCUGGAGCGGCACGCAGUUCCUUCCAGAGAGCAUCAACAACCCCAACCUGCGCUUCUUCCUCAUAGGCUUCCUGUUGGUGUUCGUAAUCCUCCUGCGCCCCAACGGAAUACUUGGCGAGCGCCGCCGCGUCUCACAGGGUUGA